AUGAAAGAUUUAGUCAUCAAUCGGAAGGAAUAUCAAGAUUUCCAAGAUAAUAUUCAAUGGAACCAUGAAGGGAAAUUAUAUUUGAAUACAUUACCUAAUUUAAGUAUUGGACAACCAAUCUAUCAGAAAGAGAUUGGAAAUGAUGUAAUUGAUACAAGAAUAAACUAUAAUGGAGAGAUAGACAAUUUGGUAGUUUUAGAAAAACCAGCUAUCGAGAAUGGAAAUGAGAAUGGCGAUAGUGGUAGUGGUAGCAGUAGUGGUAGUAGUAAAAGAUUAUUUCAUAUUGAAGAGAAAAUAUUUGAACUUGAUAAUAAAUGGGAUUUUGAAAAUGAGUUCGAUGAUAAUACGUUGUUAAAUUCUCAACCCAAUUCCUUUAUUCGUAUGAUUAAAUUAUCUCGAGAUGGUAAGCUUGGAUUAAUGAGUAAUAAUUGUGAUAUUUACAUAUUAAAAAAUGAAGAGCAAGGGUUGAAUGAUAAGAAUCAAUUCAAAAAUGCCAUUUGCAUCGAUGAGAAGGGAAAGAGUGCUAGGGAGAGAGCGUACAAUUGUUUCGUAUGGAGUGAUGAUGGUAAAGAAUUGCUUGUGGGGAAUGAAAAUGGAGACGUUCUUGUUUUCCAAAUUGAUGAUGGGUUAAAUGUGACCAAUGCUACUACAAUAAAGAUCGUGGAUUGUAAUACUGUUGAUAAUAGUUGGAUUAGACAUAUUAUUGCCAAAGGUGUGGGCGAGUCCAGAGAAUUGAUUGUCAGUUUAAUCAACAAUAGUGUGUAUUAUGUUAGAAAAGAUCCAACAAGUGAGUCUUCCAUAGUCAUUAAGAUUAAAGAGAAUGAUCGGUUUGAGAUAAACCAAGUUUAUAUGUUUCCCUUUGUCCCUGAUGAUAAUAAAAGAUAUGUUUUGCUUAGUAUCACAGGGAAAGUAGAACUGAUAAUAUUUAAUACUCACGAAGUGCAUCAUCAUGAAAUCAAACAAUUGAUGAAUAAUAACCAAGACAUCUAUUUAGAGAAAUUCUAUAUCAUCCCAUUUGAACAUUACACCGAUAAGAGAGAAGUAAUCCUAUUAUCGAAUGAAACCAGUUUUACACUAACCAUUGACUCUCAAGAAAACAUUGCACAACGAAUGAAUUUCAUAGAUGAUAACAUAGUAGGGAAACAAUUGAAUAAAAAAUUCAAAAAAUGGAAUGGGUUGAAAAAUGAGUUCAAUAAAUAUGAUACCAAAGUCAAUAUCAAUGGGAUUACUCUUUCCAAUGAUGGAUAUUGCCUUUCUAUUGGGUAUACGAUGGAAAGAAUUUCUAUUAAAUAUCGAAUAGUCUCUGAAUAUCAAUAUCGUAUCAUGUUUUUGCCCCUGUAUAAGGAAUGGGAAAUCGAUUCGGUGAAUAAUACCAAGGGGUUUGGUUGGUACCAGACAUACCAAAUCUAUAACAGGCAAUUACCCAAGAUAAACCCAACGAUCCAAGAGGUUCAAAUAUCUCAGGAAUCGAAUUCCAACGAUGAUAUCAAGACAACAUUUAUCCACUAUCUAAGAUCAUUAUUAAAGGACGAGUAUUUCAAUAACCAAAGAUUCCAAAACUUCUUGAGAAAUUCAAAUACCAGUACUAAGGGGAUGGAAAGUAUCACGAUUCUUCGAGGCAAAAUAUACGAUUUCAUUAGGACUCACACAAACGCGUUGGAAAUGAUGAAUGAUGCAGAUAGAGCAUGCUACUCUAGUAUCUGUAAUGUAUUGGGGGUUGACAUUAUCACAACUACCGACAUGGAAAACAAUCCCAACUUUGUGGUCGAAGGCGAUUUCAUUAAAGAAACAUUUGAUUUCCAAUCACAAGAUAAUAAUGAUCCAGAUCAUGUUCAAUCUCAACAAGGUCAUCAAUGGGGUCGUUGUUGUGUUACACUAUUGCCCGUGAUGACCACAAAGACAGGAGUGUGUCCCGUGACCUCUCUACGCACGCUGCUCACACCACCACACGUGACCAGAUCAACACACGUGACUCACCAGAUUUCCGAUUCCAACUCCGACUCCGAAUCGCCCUGGCCAGCCGGCUGGCUCGUGGCUGGCCUGCUGCACGUGUUCCAUCAGGAGUCAGCAGCCACAGGCGCCCAUAAUAAGCUUGCCUAA